AUGUCGUACGUCUCCUUUGCGGCGAGUUAUUCGCCCGGAGAAGGAAAAACAGUUCGAAAUCUAAACGGUAUGUGCAUUUUUUCCACUUUCGAAACAUUUGAAAUUCCGGACAUUCCUAAAAAUGCUUCGGCACGGUGGUCCAAAGUUUAACACUGAUAAGACGGAUUGUUCCUCAAAAAAUGUCUGCCACAACAAGUCAUCAUUUCUUCAUCAUAUUUUUAGUGUGUUUAUGUGUUUGUGUGUCCCUUCGCGCUUCGCCUGUGGCUUUUUUCUUUAUUUGGGAGGGUGAGAGAGAGAGAAGCGGGGUAAAUAUGCAACAUUGCAUACCACCACCGUCACAGAGUGCAUACCAGCAGAGCGCACAGGACCGUGAAAGGGAAAAAGGGCACACUGAUAGGUUGUGUUGGUGUUGGCGAGUCAACACGCGCUUUUCUCCCCCUUCUUCUUUCCUUUUUGACUGACAGUGCCCGACGGUGAAUCACUGUCUCUCUGCUAGAGUCUCUGGCAUUUCCCCAUUUGCAUGCACGACCAGUUGAACCUAGUCGUCCAGUGGACGGAAUGUCUUUCUAGUUGUACCCCGGUCCUUCCAAUAAACAUUCUGUCUGGGAGCACCCGCCUAAUCCCUUCCCGCUCUCAUCGAGGUCACUAAUGAGUUGAGUAACUAACCGAGCAUCUUUCUGGAAUGACUCAUUUCGUUUUGUCUUGCUGUGAUAAAACGAUGUUAUCAGUUGUAAUAAACUUGGGGAACGCCCAUCCACCCACUGCAUGAAAACCUUAAACUCAUGAGUACAAUGUUCUUUCUCAACAUAUCAAAUUUGUAUCUUUUUUUUUUCUUCUGACGCUAAAAACCCGUUUUUAUUUCAGACAAGGUAGAAGGGUACCGUAAGGAGAUCGCGCCAAGUCGUGAGAACGUCGACUUCGAACACUUGCGACGACCGCGGGAUUUAUCUGAGAACGACUAUCAGACGACGAGUAGCAGUGCCGCUGGAGACGUCAAACCGUACCAGUAUCGCGACUAUCAUCAACAUCAGAAACACGACUUUUUCGGAGCCGGCGAGAAUCCGGAAGACAACACAGACAGUGAAACAAUGAGAAAGUACGAAAUGCAGGUGAGUACUUGUUGGUUAAAAUAAUCUUAUUGAAAGACUAGACAUCUCUUUAAACCUAUUAUAAUUGGCGUUGAUCGGAUUUGAAACAACCGCAGCCCACCCGGCUAAGCCGUUCGAAAAUUCCCAAAGUUUACAUGACCUAAACUUUAUUUCCCAUUCUAAUCGGUGUGCUGUUCAACGAAAAUGCCCAAAACGCUUAUUUAUUCGAUUUCCAUGAAAUCUUCGUCUCUUUCGCCGGCUGAAAAACCGAAAACUCUGCCGAGAUUGUCUCCGGUGACUGAGGAGCAGACGUCGGUAACAGAGGUUGCUGAUUGAACAGACCGAUUCAUUUAUCAUCGUCUUGGUUCCUCCCUGUGACUCAUAGCACGUUCCAGCAUUACUCAUGAAAGAGUCGGGGCGGAAUCCAGCUGGAUUGAGGAGUCAGCUGACGCCGGGCUCUCGUUCUGUUUAUUAUCAUUGCGGCGGGCUCGUGUGUUUCCCGAUAAGGCAGGCUAUGCUGUCAAAACGCGCUCACAUUUGCAAGCCAAUAUUUGUUUUUUGUAACCAAAUUUUGGCGCCUUAGCGAAACAGCAGAAAUGAGACCGGAAGACGACGCAUUCGAACGUUCUUUUUUUGCAGGUACGAGUGCCGACGAGCGGAGCACCACCGAUCCGCGCGGACGCCAGUGCCGCAGACAACGAUGAGUUCAACAACGAAACGCUCUACUUCGAGAGAUCGCGCAUCCGAACACUGCAAGACGAGCGUGUGCACAUCCAGAAGAAGACGUUCACCAAGUGGUGCAACUCCUUCCUUAAUCGGGUAAGUCGUGAGGCGAGAGGUGGUUGUGCGAUUGUUAUAAUUAGCACGAACGAGAGAAAAGAGGGGUCAAUUAGACGGGGGCGGAAAAGGGGAAUUGUUUACGGAGAAUAAGAAUGCAACGACCAAGUAACGCGGGCGACCUUGCGCGCGGCAGAUUUUUCUAUCUUCCUGAUGAGAUCAGUUCUCUUUCUGCAGAAAUGAACGUCCGGAGAAUGAAAGAGAGGUCAAGAGGAGAUUAAUUGAGAACUGAAACGAACAUCAAACGAGACUAUUAGAACAAGAGAAUCGCAUUUUUAGGCAAGGUUGGAGAUCAACGACUUGUUCGUGGACGUCGGCGAUGGAAUUCUGCUCAUGAAGCUGCUCGAGAUCAUCUCUGGCGACAAACUCGGAAAACCGAAUCGUGGCCGGAUGCGUGUGCAGAAAGUGGAGAACUUGAACAAAGUGCUCGACUUUUUGAAGAAAAAGAAAAUCCAAUUGGAAAAUAUUGGAGCCGAAGAUAUUCUGGAUCGGAACGAGAGACUUAUUCUGGGUCUCAUUUGGACGAUCAUUCUCCGAUUCCAGAUUGACACUAUUGUUAUUGAGGUAAGCAUAAAAACGAGUAAGCAGUGAUGAAAACGGUUGUAUUUCAGGAUGAAGAGGAACGUGGCGAACGGAAACACGCGAAAGACGCUCUGCUCUUGUGGUGCCAGAGAAAGACGGCUGGAUAUCCGAAUGUUCGCAUUGAGAACUUCACAACGAGCUGGAGAAAUGGACUCGCUUUCAAUGCUCUCAUUCAUUCCCAUCGUCCGGAUCUUGUCGAUUUCAAUCGACUGAAUCCGACGGACCACGUGGCCAAUCUCAAUCACGCCUUCGAUGUGGCCGAGAAGAAGCUGGAGAUUGCACGUCUGUUGGACGCCGAAGACGUCGAUGUGACUAGACCUGAUGAGAAGUCCAUCAUCACUUACGUGUCCCUCUACUACCAUCACUUCGCCAAGCAAAAGACAGAAAUGACCGGAGCCAGACGUAUUGCUAACGUGAGUUAUUCUUCGCUGUCGCUAUAUAGAUAACUCUGUUUUUCUCCAGAUUGUCGGAAAACUGAUGGAUUCGGAAACAAUGGAAGAUGACUAUGAGCACAUUUCCUCUGAAUUGCUCAACUGGAUCCGCGUCACCAUCAAGACAUUGGAGUCCCGUCGCUUCCCGAACUCGUUGAAUGGAAUGCGCGAUGAGCACGCCAAGUUCAAUCAGUUCCGGACAAGCGAGAAGCCGCCGAAGUACAAGGAGAAAGGAGAGCUCGAGGCGCUCUUCUUCACAAUCCAGACGAAGAGAAAGGCGAUGAGCAGAAAACAGUAUCAGCCACCGCAGGGACUGUGCAUGCACGACAUCGAGUCCGCCUGGGCUCAGUUGGAUUAUGCCGAGAAUGAGAGACAAGUGGCCAUCAUUGCGGAAAUGCAACGACAAGAAAAACUGGAGCAGCUUGCUCAGCGAUUCCACAAGAAAGCGAAACUGAGAGACAGUUGGCUGCGUUCAGUGCAAGCAGUUCUGGAGGAGAUGGAACACGGACGGAGUGCUUCACAGGUUGAGAAGACGUUGAAGAAGCAACAAGCCAUCUCGACCGACAUUCUUGCUCGCGAGGAUCGCUUCAAGAUGCUGACGGCGAUGUGCAAUGAGCUCUGCACCGAGAAAUACCACGAGUCGGACAAGAUUCGUGGAAUGGAAAGAGAAAUCAUCGACAGAUGGACACAGCUGCUGGCGUUGUUGGAGCAGCGGAAGAGGGCUCUCAUGAGUCUCAACGAUUUGAUGUCACUUCUCCGUGACAUUGACACUCUUUCGAAUGAGCUGUACACUCUGGAGCCCGCAGUCAGGAACAGAGACGUCGGAAAACAUCUGAUCGGCGUCGAAGAUCUUAUUGAAAAGCACGAUCUGGUAGAUGCACAGAUAAACGCUCACGGAUCGCUACUCUCGAAGCUGUCGCAAGCUGCCAACAACUACAUACGUCACAAGGAGGAACAGUUCGACGUGCUCCAAAGAAAACUCGACGAAGUAACUGCUCAGUACAACACCCUCGUCGAACUUUGCCGUUCUCGUCGUCUCGCUCUCGAACGUGCUCGCUCUUUGUUCCAGUUUGUGCAGGAUCACGAGGAAGAAAUGGCCUGGCUUGCCGAGAAAGAGAAGCUCUGCACUACAGCAUUGAACUGCGGAGACAUUUCGGCAGUUCCGCAGACCACUCUUUUGUACAAGAACGUCGAGAUGGAAAUGCAAACUCAUUGGGCUCGCAGCAAAGGAAUGAUUGCCGGAGGAGAACGAUUGGUGCAGAACGGGCAAUCAAAAGAAGACAUCCAGAAGCGCCUCACUCUGAUGAACCAGGGAUGGGAAAGAUUGCGAGUGGCUGUCGACGCGCUCGGAAACUGGCUGUCGGAAGCACGCCAUGCUCAGCAAUACUUUCAAGAUGCGAACGAGGCCGAAUCAUGGAUCCGAGAGAAGAUGCCACUUGUCAAAUCGGAUGAUUUGGGACGAGACGAAGGAGCUGCCGAGUCACUUCUGCAGAGACACACUCGUCUCGAAGAGGAGAUUCGUGCCUACAAGUGAGCAAUGCAAAACAUCUUGUCCCAAAUUCAAACUAUUCUUUUCAGGAAUGACAUCACGCGCCUGGAAGAAAUGCGCAGUCAACUCGCCAACAGCGCUUUCCACACUGCUACCACGAGCCAAUCUGUUCAGGAAACGGAAGAAGUGACUGUACCGCAGAUUGAGAUGAUGUACAAGUACGAAGGAAACGGAAUGCGCGUCGCCAAGGGAGAGAUCCUGGCAUUGCUCGAGAAGUCGACCCCUGAGUGGUGGAGAGCUCUGAAACGAGACGGAAUGGAGGGAUACGUGCCUGCCAACUAUUGCAAGACAAUUCCCGGAGAAUCUGUGACAGUCACGCAGACAACUCAGAAGACGACCACCACAAUUGAGGGCAACGAAGCGAAGAGCUCUGUUGUCGCCGAACGGCAGCAGAUGAUCUCGGAAGACUACCGAGAGUUGAAGAGACUGGCGGAGGUGCGAAGGCGUCUUCUGACUGAUAACAUCAAGCUGCUCCGCUUCUACCGCGAAUGUGACGAGUUUGAACGGUGGGCGAAGGAGAUCGAGGUGUCUUUGGCGGACGAGCCGUCUCCGGAACACGUGGCUGCUUUCCGUAGAAAGUUCGACAAGCUGGAGGCGGAUAUGCGCACGAAUGGAGGAACUCAAUUGAAGCACAUCAACGACAUCGCCAAUGAUCUGAUUUCGGAAGGACACGGACAAUCGAGACAGAUCGAAUCGCGACAGAGAAAGAUCAACGCUAUGUGGGAGAAUUUGGAGAAGCUGAGGAAGCAGCGCGCCGUCCGAUUGGAAGCCACUGAGCGAGUUGCUGACUUUGACACAACUUGCGAAAGUGCUCGUGAAUGGAUGCUCAGCAAGUUUGAGCAGCUCGAUCGUAAUCCGAAUGACGUGAAAAGUCUUCAAAACUUGGAACGUGAUUUGAAGCCGUUGGAAGAUAAAAUUGCGGCUCUCGAGAAGUUGGCUGCUGCUGUGAAGAAAGACCAUCCAGAAGAAGCCGCGGCUAUUGAGAGGAAGAUUGCCGAGUUAAGAGCGCUGCAUGCUGAUCUGUUGAGACGCGCUCAGGAGAAGAUGCUGCUCGCCGAACAGACUCAAGGAAAGGAGAUGUUCGAAUCCGCGCUUCAAGACAUGAAUGCAUGGAUCGAGAAGACGAGAAAGAGAAUGUUGGAGGAUGUGCAUCCAGUGGACGUAGCCGAAGCAGAGGAGCUUCUCAAGAAACACUACGAACUCGGAGAGCAGAUCAAAGAUAAAAAGUAUGAAGUGGAGUAUUGCCAGGAACUCGGACGUCGUCUUCUGGAGCGUAAUCCGCGCAUGCCCAAGGUAGAAGAACAACUGCAGUACCUCGUUACCGAGAUGGCCGGCCUUCGAGACUUGUAUCGUCGUCGUGACACUCUCCUCAAGCAGCAGCUCGAUCUUCAGCUGUUCAACCGCGAAUCGGAGCGUAUUGAUGCCGCCACCAAAGGACAUGAAGCAUUCCUUGAAUUCGAUAAUCUUGGAGAUUCCGUGGAAUCGGUCGAGAAUCUUCUUAAAAGACAUCGCGACUUGGAAGCGAAACUCGAUGCUCAAGAGGCCAGACUAGAAGCAUUCUCUCGGACUGCUGACGACAUGAUCAAGGCUCAUCAUGCCGAUUCUGCCUACAUCGAACAACGCAGAAGAGAUGUCCUUGCUCGGAGGGAAGCUGUCCGACGUGCUGCUGCUCAGAGAAAGAAGCAACUGGAAGCAUCCUUGGAGUAUCAAGAGAUGCGUCGUGAAGCGGAAGAAGUGAUGGGAUGGAUGCACGAGAAGGCUAAGCUGGUGGCCAGUGGAGACGACGCCACUUUGGCUCCUUCUGCCAUUCCACACCGUCUUCUAAAGCACGAGGCUUUCGAGGCUGAGAUCAUUGCCAACGAACCGCGCAUCCAACAGAUCAACAGAGAAGGAGAUGCGCUCGUCGGAAAGAAGCACUACGAAUCGCCGAAUGUGGAGAAAGUCGUUCGACAGGUCAAUGGUCAGUGGGGAGAUCUGAAGAAUCAAGUGUGGAACAAGGGACAACGACUGAGGCAAGCUGCUGACCAGAAGGGACUCGACAGAAUUCUGGAAGACGCGCAUGCAAAGCUGGAUGAGAUGGAGGCCGCUCUCAACUCGAAAGAUCAAGGACUCGAUCUGAGAUCCGUCAAAGACUUGCUCCAAAAGCACACGGUCAUUGAACAAGAGAUGGGAUUGUACGGAAACAAGGUAAAGAAAAAGAGCGCUUUGAAAUUAAUCAGUCUUUUAUUUUUUAGUUGUGCGAUAUUGAAAACCGCGGAAAGAAGAUGGCAGUUGACGGACACUACGAUGCUGACAAGAUCCACUCAACUGUCUAUGAUCUUCUCCAGCGAUACGCUGCGAUGAAAGUUCCAGCCAAAAGACGAAAGGAAGAUCUUGAGGAGUCUCGUCUCUGGCAUCAACUUGUGUUCGAUGUCGAUUGCGAACUGCAGUGGAUUGCCGAGAAGAAGCCAAUCGCAUCGUCACAAGACUGCGGGCGCACACUGACUGAGGCCCUCAACAUGGUCAAGAAGCAGGAACAACUGGAGGCGGAAGUCAACCAGCAUGGAGGUCAAAUCGACAAAGUUCUCGCCCAGGCUUCUGAGCUUGUCAAAAGACAUCAUCCGGCAUCGUCGCCGAUCAAGGCCAAGAGUGGAGAGCUGGAACUGCAUGGAGCGAACUGAGAAGACUUCUGCGCUCCAGAAGAGCCGUUGUUGAUUGGGGAGUGAAAGAACAACAAUAUCUGUUUGAUGCCGCUGAAGUUGAGUCGUGGAUGAACGAGAAGAGAAACGCUUUGGCUUCGGAGGACUAUGGUAGUGACGAAGAUGCCGCUCGUAAGCUUCUUGCCAAGCACCGAGCUCUCUGCGAAGAUAUGGCAACUUACCGUCAAUGGCUCGAGAAAUUGGAGGCCAAAUGCGCGGAGCUUGUCGAUUCAGACCGUCCACAUGUUGAGCGAUUCCAGAAGAGACAAGACGAGUUGGUGAGAGAAUUCGACGCUCUCAGCAAGCUUGCCGAUGACCGAAGAAACGCCCUGGAAGACGCGGUUUGCCUCUACGAAUACAUGAGAGAAUCCGCUGAUCUGGAGCAAUGGAUCGAGGAGCAACGGCAGACUGCGGAGUGUGAGGACUUUGCUGAGGAUUACGAGCAUCUGAAGGAGCUGCAGUCGAAGUUCGACGAGUUCAAGCAAAGCGUGAAGACUGGAAGCGAGAGAUUCACUUCUUGCGAGACUGCCGCCAACGCCAUUCUCCGACGCAACCCACCAUUUGCCAGAGAUGUUGUCAAGAGACAGGAGAAACUGAGAAAGUCAUGGAAUCUUCUGUGCGAGUACAUUGAGGCUCGUACCGCGAAGUUGGCCGUUGCUGAAGAACUGCACCGAUUCCAUCGUGAUGUGGAUGAGUUCGAGCAAUGGAUGGCCGACAAGAUGGCUAACAUGCCGCGUGAUCUUGGAAGAGAUGUGAAGCACGUGCAUUCUCUCUGGCAGCAGCACGAAGCGCUCGACAAGGAGACACAGAAUGCGGAGCCACGACUCAAGAAGCUGGUCGAGGAGGCGGAAAGACUGAAGAAGACCUAUCCAGGUGGAAAUGCCGAGCAGAUUGGAGAUCGGCAGCAGCAGUUGGAGGAAGAGUGGGACGAGCUGAGAAACGCCACUGACGACAGAAAGGACAUGUUGAAAGCUGCGUUCGAUUUGCACACUUUCAAUGGAAAAGUCAGAGACCUGCUCGCUUGGACUGAUUUGACUAUCAGCGACAUUCAAUCCGACCUGCACAUCAAUGAUCUCCAGCAAGCAGAAUGGCUGCAAACUGAGCACUCCAGGUAGCUGCUUUCAAGUGAUUCUGUUUCAAAUGACAUCCUUUCAGAUUGAGUCACGAGAUGGACGCCAGAGAACCAGAGUUCACACGAUUGGUUUCUGAUGGUGAAAAGAUGAUUGGUGCUCAGCAUUACGCUUCUGAAGAGAUCAAGAACAAGACGAGACUUCUGAAGACUGCUCUCGAGAGACUACGGAAUGAGUGGACUCUCCGAAACGGAUACCUAUCGCAAGCUGUUCAGUGGCACGCCUUCCAACGAGAAGCCAAGCAAAUCAUCGCUUCCAUCGGAUCUAAGAGAACGACUCUUCGCAGUUUGGCCGUCGGAGGAUCUGUGGCUGAUGUGGAGAGCCAGAAGAAGAGAUUGGACACUUUCGAGAAAGCGCUCUCCACUCUUGACGAGAGAACGCUCGCAUUGGACCACACUGCCAACGAACUGGUGAAAGCACGUCACAUGGAGUCGAAGAAUAUUGCAAUGUGGCAAUCGAAGGUUCAUGAAGAGCUGAAGUUGUUGAGAGAAGAUAUCGAAGCGAGACAUGCAAUGCUCGGAGACGCCUUCGCUCUUGCAUCGUUUGACAGUGACGUUGCUCAAAUUGAGGCCUGGAUAGACGAGAAAACUAACGGAAUCCGCAAAUCUCGCGAUCAGUCGAGCGAGAGCAUCUCCAUUGAGGAGAAGAUGAAGCGGCUUCAGACUCAUCAAGCACUCGAAGCGGAAGUCGCCGCUAACAAGACCAUCGUCGACCAAAUUCUUCAACGUGGACAGAAUCUGAACACUCUUCAUCGGAAUCCGAAAAUCGGAGACCGUUGCGGUCAACUCGGUUCAAAGUGGAGUCAACUUGUCGGAGCGUGCUCUGACCAAUCGAGAGCUCUCGAGGAAGCAAGAGACUUGCUCCGUUUCAAGCAACUUGUUGAGAAUGUUCUCUCUUGGAUUAAUGAAAAAGAAGUGCUCGUGUCGACUGCGGAUAUGGGAAGAGACAUGGAACAUUGCCGACUGUUGCUCGAGCGACUGGAUGGAACCCGUUCCGAUUCGACUGUGGAUGAACAGACUCUCGAUGAGAUCAACCGCCUCGGAGAGAAGCUCGUCAAGCAGGGAAGGACCAGCAAAGAUCAAGUUCAGAAGGAGCAGCAACACCUUAAUGAGAAGUAAGUUGGAGGUAAAAAAGGAUACGUCUGGAACUAGAUCGGUGUCUGUUUCAUCCCCCGGUGGCAGACGUAAUCGUGUAGUAAUCUGUGUUGAAUCUCGUGAAUCGAUCCGUUUCACAGGUGGCGCCUUCUGCUUGGCCAACUGUCGCACUACCGAACUGAACUUCUGGCUGCCAUGGAAGUUCACACGUUCAACCGUGACGUCGAAGACACCGAUGAGCGUAUACACGAGAAGAUUUCUGCGAUGAAGAGCGAUGAUUUCGGAAAGGACUUUGUCAGGUAAUCGGUUUUCCACUUUCAGAUUAAUUAUUUCUGCUCUUCAGCGUCGAACUUCUUGUCCGCAAACAGUCUGCCCUCGAGAGAGACAUGAGUGCUAUUCACCAGAAACUCAUGGCUCACGACAAAGAUGCUCAGAAGAUUCUCGAGAAGAGACCACCUCUUCGUGAAACUGUUCUCGACUCACUGAAAAAAUUGGAAGAGAGUUGGAAACAACUGUCCGAAACUGCGGAGCUGAGAAACGACAAAUUGAACCGAUCCUUCAAACUUUACAAGUAUCUUGAUGAUGUGAAGAAGGUCGAGCAGUGGGCUGUGCAGGUCAGAAACAAGAUGACCUCUCACCAGACUCCGAAAGACAGCAGCGGAGCACGGAAGCUGCUCGAGCAACACCACGAACGGAAGGCCGAGAUCGACGGAAGAGCAGACGAGCUCCGCCAGUUGCACGAAGAAGGUCAAGCGUUGAAUCAAGAGCAACCGGAGCACAAGGCCGAAGUUCAGCGAGCGCACAAGCGUGUGCAGAACUCGGAGCAUCAACUGAGACAAACGUGGGAGAGCGAGAAGGGAACUCUGCAACGGCUGCUCGAAUGGAUGCUGUGGUGCGACGAAGCUAUGCAGUGCGAGCAAUGGCUUGCCGACAAGGAGAACCAAGUUGCCCGUGGAGAGCUCGGAGACACUACUGAUGCGGUGGAGAUGCUCAUCAAAGGACACACUGCCUUCGAAGAGACCGUCCGCAAGCAGAGCGAAAAGAUCGAUGUGCUGACGAGAAACGCGGACGCGAUUGUUUCUUCUGGAAACAACUAUCGUGCGGAUAUCGGAACUCGCAAAGAAGAAGUUGCCGCGAGACAUGCUCUUCUCCUGAAGAGUGUGGCAAAGAGAAAGGAUAUGCUGGAGGAUUCGAAGAGAUACCACGAGUUCAUUCGUCUGUGCGGAGAGCUCAUAAUCUGGAUCACCGCUAAGCUUCAAUUGGCCUAUGACGAGAGCUUUCUGGAUCACACCAACCUCCGUUCGAAACUGCAGAAGCACAUGGCUUUCGAUUCCGAACUCGUCGAAAAUGAGAAGAGACUGUCGACCGUCGAGCGGCAAGGAGAGGAACUCGUUGCCGAGAAUCACUUCAUGAGUGAACAGGUGAAAGCUCAGCUUGUUGAGCUCCGAUCCGGUUGGGACGAGUUGCGAACAAAGUCGGCUCUCAAGACUCAACGACUUCGCGAGGCUUUCGAACUGCAUUCUUUGCAACGAAAGGUUGAGGACAUUGAGAAGUGGCUGGACAAAGUGGAAGGAGAACUCGGUUCGGAAGACCACGGAAGAGACAUGCUCUCCACGCAGCUGCUCAUCAAGAAGCUGGAUACUCUGCAAACUGAGAUUACCGCGCGUUCGGACGCCGUUGUUGAGAUGAUGAAGAAAGCACGCGAGUUGAGAGUGCAAGGAUCCACUGCUGCCGAUGAGUGCUUGAAACAGGCUGAGCAAGUGGAGGCCCGUUAUUCGGGGCUCGAUGAGCCAGUACAGAUCCGACGUGAAAACCUCGUUGAUGCUCAAGCCUUCUUCGAGUGGGUCAAAGCGGCCGAGGAGGAUCUGGAGUGGCUGUCCGACAAGAUGCCCUUGGCUGGAAGCAGCGAAUCGGGAGACAGUCUCCAGAGUGCUUUGUCACUUAAGAAGAAACACGCUGCUUUGGAGAAGGUGAGUUUUCAUUCUAAAUCAUAAUCAUACAACCAUACGCUUCAUUUUAGGAGCUUGAAACUCGUCAAUCCGCUAUGAGCGAGACCGAAAAGCGUGGAAAAGACAUGAUCCGUCAACGCCAUUUCGCUUCCGUUCACAUUCAGAAAAUUCUCGAUCGUUUGUCGACGUCGAUGCUGACACUGAAGGAGAGUUGUGGAUUGAGACGUGAUCUUCUUCAAGAAGCCAUCGAUGCUCAUCAGUACUACACCGAGGAGACCGAAGCCGAACAGUGGCUCCGUGAGCAGAUGCCACUUGCAAUGAGUCAAGAGAUGGGAAGAGAUCAGGCUGGAGCUGAAAGCCACUUGCGGCGACUGACUGUCCUGGACAAGGAAGUUGAGCUUUUCAAGAACGAAAUGGACAGAUUGAAGAAGAGAGCUGAUGGUCUCCUCGCGAGGGAACAUCACGAUGCCAUGUCUAUCGCUGCCAAACAAAGAAAGCUGGAGGCGCUGUUCGGAGAUCUUUGCAGAGAGUGUGCCAGAAGAAGAACGCAACUUGUCGAUGCUUCUAAGUAUCACAAGUUCGUCAGACUAGCCGAUGACCUGUCUGAUUGGUUGCGCGAGAAAGAGAGAAGUGCUGCUGCUGAAGACUACGGACAGGAUCUCGAAGACUGCCAACAGAUCAUCGAACAGUUCGAGUCGACUGUGCGCGAGUUGGCUGCUGCCGGAGAACGUGUCGCUGCCGUCCAGCGUAACCAGGAAGAUCUUUUGCGAAGUGGACAUCCGUAUGGAGCAUCAAUCACUGCGAAGGGAGCCGAUGUGCAGAGACUGUGGACUCAUGUCAACGAGGUUGCCAACGAAAGAAAGCAGGCGCUGAACGGAGCUCGCCAAGUGCACCGCUUCGACCAGGAAGCCGAUCAGACCCUUAAUUGGCUCCAAGACAAGGAAGCAACUGGAGUGGCCAUGGAACAGGAGGAUCUCUCAAGAGCCGACCUCGCUUCGGUGAAGGCCCAGCUGCAGAGACACGACGAAUUUAUGCAUGGAAUGAAGGCCGUCGAGAAGCAAGUGACCGAGCUGUGUCAUGAGGCGGAGCGACUUUGGAACUCGUUCCCAGACACCAGACAUCAUUUGGAAGUCAGAAGACUGGAUAUGGAGGAACAGCUCAAGGACAUUCUCGAGGCCGCCAAGAAACAUCUGGAGAGACUUCGUCACAUGCAGAGUCUUCAGUCCUACUUCCAGGAGUAUCGUGAGAUGAUGCAGUGGAUGAAGAACAUGCAAACCACGAUGACUUCGGAGCAACUCCCACGCGACGUCGCCGGAUGCGAAUCUCUUGCUCGCCGCCACGACGAGUACAAUCUGGAAAUGCAGGGAAGAAAGCCAUUUGUUGACGAUUUCGCUCGCCAAGGAAGACGUAUGAUUCAGUCCAGCCAUGUUCUGUCGCAAGAAAUCCAGGAGAAGGUUGAAAUCCUCGAAAAGUCGUGGGAGAUGCUUUGUGAGAUCUGGAAAGACCGUGCUGAGCUUUACGAAGAGAACAUGGACAGUCAGAGAUGGAAGCAGAAUGCCGAUCAACUCAACUCGUGGCUCGAAGAACGCACCACACUUCUUGGAGACGAUUGGAGAAUGGUGGACUCUGUCGAGAUGGCUGAGAAUCAUCUCCGUGAAUUCGACGAUUUCUUGGUGACACUUGAUGCUCAAAAUGAGAAGUGCGAGAUGGUAAAGCGAUUGACGCUCGUCGAACAGAACUUCAGUCGUCUCAGAAGCAAGGAGAUUGACCGAUCGAGAAUCGCCGAAGAAGAUCAGAAGAGAAGAGAUACCAUCAAGAUUGUCGAAAAGGGGAACAUUCUGGCGAAUCGCAGACAAGAAAGAGAGCGCAGAAAGACCCAGGAAAUUUCGCUCCUCCGUCCUUCACCGUCCGGAGAAGAGUUUUCCACUCAUACCAUGCCUCGAAAGGACAGAAAAGAGCGCGCCAAGACGACUGCUGAUCUGGGUAAGAAUGGUAAGCAAACUACCUAUUUUAACUUGACAUUUUCAGCACCAGGAGCCAUUCAAAUCGGUGAUAUUCUUGCCUCCUCCACGGCUACCGCUCCAGGUCAAACUGUUGAGAUGACCAAGACACCCUCGUUCAACACUCGACGAACCCAAUCCAUUCGCAAAGGAAGUCGUUGGGAAGACAUGGGAGCCAUCGACAUGAAGGGAUUCUUCGACCGCAAGCAAUGCCAGCAAAGCGGCGGAAAGAGAGCGACGAUCCGUUCGUGGAAGAACUACUACGGCAUUCUGUGCGGACAACUUCUCUGUUUCUUCAAAGACGAACAACAGUUCAUAGAGAACAUAGCCGCCGCUCCGCCCGUCUACAUAUACGGUGCACAGUGCGAGCAGUAUCCAGAAUACGCAAAACGAAAGAACGCUUUCCGACUUCUCGGUCAAGACGGAUCUGAAUUCAUCUUCUCUUGUCCGGACGAACGACAGAUGCUCGAAUGGGUUGCCAAAAUUCAGUUCCACGCUCAUUUGACUCCGAGCAAUCAACUCAAAUCGUAUUCUUACAAUGGUGAGUGAACGAACGGGUAGUCUUUCUUUCUUUUCGUUUUCUUUCGGGUUGCUUCUUUUCUGGCAUGCCUCUAUUUCAGACGAUCUCCUUCAAUCCACUGGUAACGAGCAGCCACCGAUGGUCGCACCGAGAAGAGGUCUCGCGGGACACGAAGUGCAGAACAGACUGUCCCAUGCCAGCUCCGCCUUCGGAACACAUGACGAUUUGGAUCAGCAUGAGCUCGACUAUUCGAGUAGGUGGUUCUGUUCUUUCUCCGCUUUUCCGGUUUCCCCUUUGUGGUUCGCUUUGUUCAGUUGCAGCUCAUUCUUGCUUUGCUUUCAUUUUAUUUUAUUCGGUUUCUUUAGGAGGGUGUAGUUCAUUGCCACGGGGCAAACAUUCUGGGCAGAUCACUAUUCGUGAUUGUGCCACCCUCCCUCGAGGAUUUGGGUCCGAUGUGGUGCACGAACAUGCGACGUUCUUCCCACCUUCCGGUCCAUUACUCGCCACCCCGUCGGUUUUGAAUAUGAGCGCUUCUUCGUCAUGCAUGACGAACGCUCUGCCGACGUUGGUGACGCGGAAGAUAGGAGUGGUUCGGAGAGCGAGCCGACGUCAAUCGGUCUAUGCGGAAAGCAUCUAUGGAGAGGUGGAGCAGGCGAUUGCAGAAGCGAAUCGAGCAGCCGCCAUCGCGAACGGUUAGUUGGUGGCACCAACUGAAAUGCACACCGACUACUCGACACUUCCGACACUUCAUCUCGACUAACAUUCUGAAAUAAUCUGCUAUCCGCAUGCGCAUGCUAACUGGGAAUAAUACAUUGUGUCGUCUUCCACUUAACAAUUGCUUCCUGUGCGCUACAACGCAACAGAACUCGCACGGAAUAGAACUGUUACGAUUUGGAACUCGCAACGUUAAAAUACAACUGCGAGUUCCAAAUCGUAACAGUUCUUUCUAUUCCGUGCGAGUUCUAUUCCGUUGUAGCGCCGCUUCCUGUCCCUCAACCGAAUCGUAAUCUUUCCAGGGGACCAUGCUGAACUCCGUCACACCAUUCAAAAUCAUCCAGGAAACUCUGGGUACACGGUGAGAUAAUAUUCUCCAUCUCCAUCUUUCCAAUUUGUUUCUUUUUCAGGAAACGCUCUUGUACAAAGAGCACACGUCGUCCAGCUACCAACCAAUGGAACGGUCGAUGUCGCCACGUAGUCAGCAGAACGGCGAAUUCAUCAGUUGGGUCGAGAACAACCAGCAGAAUCAGAUGAACACUCCCGACGGCAGAUCGACCUCCGCGAGUGUCGUUUCUACGCCUUCUCAAUACGACGACAAUGACUCGAUCAAAUCAUCUUCGAGUGAGUGAUUCGACUUUAAUCCCAAAUCAUAAAGUUUACUUUCAGAACGGAAAGGUUUCGGCUCGCUGUUCAAGCGCGGCUCCAAAGUUUCCAAGUAG